UUUGGUACAUAGACAGCUUCGAAGAAACCCUACAAUCAGUUGUUCGCCGCGCACGGAACCAAGCAAACACGCGAGCGCUGCCAGUUCACAUUGAAUUACUACAAAUGAACACUUAACCUACAGGAGAAGUGCAGAGAAGUGUGAGAGGGUAUUCAGUGAAAAUAGUGCAAAUAGUUCACAGUGAAAGUGCGGCAAAGAUAAGACAAAGCUGAUAAAUCCUUUAAGGAUACAAUAAAAAUGUCAACAGAUAAUCUCAUCUCGAUGGAGCAAACACGCAGCGUUGAUCCGCCACACGCUGAGUACGCGGCGAACGCGAAAAUCAUUCCCAACACCACCGCUAACAACAACAACAACACCAUUUGCUUGGAUGCAAGCGAGCAAAUUGAGUUGCAGGAUGUUGUUGGUCUACCGAGCAAUGGCAAUAAUAAACGUAACGGUGAUAAUGCACGCGCCAGAAGCUGCAGCCUGAAUGGCAACAACCCCAACGAGGCUAGUCCUGGCCUGGUGAGUGGUGGCGCCGGCAGUCGCAACGCCAUUACCGACAUCUCCAACACACCGCCACGCAGCGCCUCCACGCGCAACAGUUCGGAGCGCAGCCUGCCGCUGCGUAGCUACAGCAAGUGGUCGCCCACGGAGCAGGGCGCCACCUUGGUGUGGCGCGACUUGUGCGUCUACACGACGGGCGAUCGGAACGGCGCGGCCGGUGGCGGCGGCAGUCUGCACCAAAUGAAGCGCAUCAUUAACAACUCGACAGGUGCGGUGCAGCCGGGCAAUUUGAUGGCGCUAAUGGGUUCCAGUGGCUCUGGUAAGACGACAUUGAUGUCAACACUCGCCUUCCGUCAACCAGCCGGCACAAUUGUUCAGGGUGAGAUCUUGAUAAACGGCCGUCGCAUUGGACCAUUUAUGCAUCGCAUCAGCGGUUAUGUGUAUCAGGAUGAUUUAUUUAUCGACACUUUAACCGUGCUGGAGCACUUGACAUUUAUGGCCCAUCUGCGCUUGGAUCGUCGUGUCAGCCGUCGCGAACGCAAGGCAAUUAUAAACGAUCUGUUGGAGCGCACCGGUCUGCUGUCCGUCGCACACACGCGCAUCGGUUCCGGCGAUGACAAGAAAAUGUUGUCGGGUGGUGAGCGCAAGCGAUUGGCGUUCGCUGUCGAGCUACUUAACGAUCCGGUCAUCUUGUUCUGUGACGAACCGACCACCGGAUUGGAUUCGUUUAGCGCUCAGCAAUUGGUGCAGACACUUUAUGAUUUGGCUAAAAAGGGCACCACCAUCCUAUGCACUAUACAUCAGCCCUCCAGUCAGCUCUUUGAUAUGUUCAAUAACGUGCUGCUGUUGGCCGAUGGGCGUGUGGCCUUCACUGGUUCACCACAAAAUGCGCUCAACUUCUUCGCUGAGAACGGUUACCACUGUCCGGAGGCUUACAAUCCGGCGGACUUCUUGAUCGGUGUGUUGGCCACGGAUCCGGGUUAUGAGCAGGCCUCUCAGCGGUCCGCGCAACAUUUGUGCGAUAUGUUUGCGGUUAGCGGUGCGGCAAAACAACGCGAUAUGCUGGUCAAUCUGGAGAUACAUAUGGCUCAGACGGGUGAUUAUCCUUUCGACGCGGAGGUUGAUGCUUUUCGUUCGGCUGCUUGGUACAAGAAGUUCCAUAUGCUUUGGUAUCGUGCUUCGCUGUCGCUGAUGCGUGAUCCGACGGUACAGCGUAUGCGAUUCUUCCAAAAAAUGGCUAUAGCGAUUAUUAUAGGCGCAUGUUUUGCCGGCACUAUAACGGUCUCACAACUGGGUGUGCAGGCGGUGCAGGGCGCACUGUUUGUCAUGAUUUCCGAAAAUACCUUUCAUCCGAUGUACUCCGUUUUGAAUGUCUUCCCUCAAGGCUUCCCAUUAUUUCUACGCGAAACACGUUCCGGAAUGUAUUCGACCGCACAGUACUAUGUGGCCAAUAUACUGGCGAUGCUACCCGGUAUGAUCAUUGAACCUUUACUAUUCGUUAUAAUCUGUUAUUGGAUAACCGGCUUACGAUCCACAUUCUUCGCAUUCAGCAUAACGGCCAUCUCCAUCGUGCUGGUUAUGAAUGUGGCAACAGCCUGCGGUUGCUUCUUUUCCACCGCGUUCAAUUCAGUUCCAUUGGCCAUGGCUUACUUGGUGCCUGUCGAUUACAUUUUCAUGAUAACAUCUGGAAUUUUCAUUAAAAUUAGCACUUUGCCAACGGCGUUUUAUUGGACACAAUUCCUGUCAUGGAUGUUGUAUGCAAAUGAAGCGAUGACGAUUGCACAGUGGUCCGGUGUCCAAAACAUAACCUGUUUCGAGGAGAGCGAGAACUUGCCGUGCUUCCACACAGGUCAGGAUGUGCUGGACAAAUACAGUUUUAAUGAGUCGAACCUCUACCGAAAUUUGCUGGCGAUUGUGGCUAUUUACUUUGGCUUCCACAUUUUGGGCUGCUACUGUCUGUGGCGUCGCGCUAAGAAGAUUUAAUGAAGUGUCAACCGACGGAGUACCUGCGUCUGUACGUCGCCGCGGGCCAAAGUUGAAAGACUUGUUGUUGAUGUAGGCGCGUUGAAUUUUAUCUGCGUGUAUUUUGUUAAAUGAAUUUCAUCCCUUUUUGCUUUAUUACUUAACAAUCGCAUACUUACUACGAUAAUAUUUUUAUAUAAUAUUUACAUUUUGCGCGAGAACUGCCUCUAAUGUGCUUAUUUAAAUGAGAUUUAUUGCCAUCCAAGGUGUAUUUCAUUUUGCUUACACAUUAUUAUGGUGUAACGGUUUUAUUUGUAUUCGGUUCAAGUUCAUGACGAAGGUUGAAUGAAUUUGAAAAUUAUCAAGAUAAAUAAGCAAAAGUUUGAAUUCGCUGUUUAAAUAA